UUCGAUGCUGUUUCAGUGUAACGUGUUUAGCGUUUACUGCUUGUUGACCUCCGGUAAUCUCACAAUACUAGUUUUAUAAAUUGAACUUGCGUUUUAGUAUCAACUCGUCUAGUGGCUCGUACUAUUUGAUAUAUUUUUACAAUAAAGUGAACAUAUCUGCUUUGUGUUUCGCGUUUAAAAGCGAAGUACAAUUUGAAUUUAAACUUAGUGCUCGCGUGCAACUCAGUUACUGUCAACGUAAUUUUAAUGUCAUAUCCAAAUCAAAAUAAACAUACUAAAAUGGAUGACAUCAACGAGUCUUAUUGUACGAGAUGUGUGUUCGAUCGACUUCCACCGGAAAUGAUAAGAUUCAUAUUUCGAGAGCUGUCUACCGAAGAUUUGCUUCAGAUUUCGGCUACGACAGACCGUCUGUACCAAAUAACUCAACACCAUUUGUACCUCUUUAAAGGCGCAUUGUUAAUACGCGGUGGUCAAGACCUUGCUGACCGAUUUGACGUUAGCCGUGUAAAUUCUUUAUACUUGGCUGAUGUUUAUGAUUUUGAAAAUGAUGUCCUCAAAAAACUACUAGCAAUGAAUGGUCGUAGUACUCUUGAUGUCUUACACAUAGGGUAUGGUACACCAGUUAGAUAUACUGACUUGCCCUCGGAGGGUCUACUUCGUCUGUUAGCUGGAAUUAAGACUAAACGCGUUUGUUUUAACAAUGUGAUGAUGACUGCUGAAGACGUGAUGAAUAAUGUAUUUUUAUUAGAUGUCGAUGAAGACGAUAAACCACCGGUAUUACGUUGUGCCUAUGAUCGGGCUGACGAUGCCGAUGUAAUACGGCUCAUGAAAGAAGUUGAGUCCACCUGUGCCGGUCUACUUGCCGAAUUCAAAAUAACUAUUCGAAGACCUGCAACUCGAGCAUUUGCUGUCUAUCCAAAAGCUAAUGGCAUGAACGAUUCUGAAUUACCAGAAGAUCUUCAACGUUUUUCUGUUACUGACUGUGCCGGCUUACCAGCUUCGACGUACAGACAGUUGGCCUCGUGCAGGAGACUUCGUAGAUUGUCACUAAAAAACGCCAAAAACAUUGAAGAUGAUGGGUUUGAAGCCGUGGCAAGUAUGCCAUCCCUCGAACACCUCAAUGUAGAUGGUUUAAGUAACGUAACGUCUGACGGACUACUUAAUGGUAUUGAAAACUUGAGUCAACUCAGAUCUUUAGUUUUGAAAGAAUGUCCGUAUAUGACGGAUGAUGUUUUACGCCGAAUUGGUGACCUACGUCGUUUACGCAGACUUUAUUUGGAUUUAUCCGACUGCGUAAAAGUUACUGCUGCUGGUGUACGAGACAUGUUGCUCGGAUGCGGUUAUCGCCUUCGGGAGCUUCAUUUGACAGUACCCCAAAAUCGUGAUUAUGCAAACGCCGUAAAUGCAGCUGUUAUGUCAGACCGGAGUCAUCUCCGGGAGUUCAAACUCACUUUUGAACGACUGUCAUUUCAAGAGCACCAGAACAAUCAGCCAGAAGAUGGCUGGGAACGUGCAUUAAAAAACCGGUUUAGCCGGGCCGGUGUUCAUUUUACCAUUCAACACUCGUUUACUAAAAUUACUAUUUCGGUGGAUUAAAUAUAACGUCAUAACUUGUUCGGACCGUCCAUGAACUUGUAUAUAAGCGAAACUAGUCAAAAAAGUUUUUAACUAAUUUAAGAUUGUAGUGUUUAAAAAGUUAUCUCCAUAUCGUUAAAAACAUGUUAUAUGCGUGAUUGUGAUCGUUUUAUUUGUAUAAUUCUGUUGUUAUUUUUGGUCGUUCUAUUUUAAAUUUAGUUUUAGAAAAACUAAAAUUAUUACUGUUGUUUUUGUACAUAUUUGUAAAUAAAAAUAGACACUUUUUUUUAGGUACUCAUAAAUUUAAAA